UAAAGAGCAUAGAUCAGUCCGGCACGUAUCUGCGCGUCACUGGAUCUAUUUAACACCUGCAUGGGGAAAGCAAAUUUCUAAAAUCAAUUCUCUGUGGUGGGAACUAACGGGCAUUUGGAAUGGAACUAAAUUUGUCUAAGAAUAUAAUCUCUUGCGGGGAUCCAGGUGGUAUGAACUUGGACAGAAUCUCCGAGGCUGUAAGACCCCAGCCGGCGCGCGACAUGGCUUCCACCUUCCACUUGCCCAGGACUUCCAGCAGCAAACGCGAAACGUUGGAUAACUCCAGCAGCGAAUCGUCAGAUACUGAAAUUGCAGAUAAGGAAAGGCUGGCAGAGCACAGAAGCGAUGAUGGAACGGCCGAGGACCCCAAAAAGAAGAAACAGCGGCGACAGAGAACGCAUUUCACCAGCCAGCAGCUGCAGGAGCUGGAAGCCACAUUUCAGCGAAACCGGUAUCCGGACAUGAGCACCAGAGAGGAGAUAGCCGUGUGGACUAAUCUCACCGAGGCCAGAGUUCGGGUGUGGUUUAAAAACCGCAGGGCGAAGUGGAGGAAACGGGAGCGCAACCAGCAGAUGGACCUGUGCAAAAACAGCUACCUGCCACAGUUCAGCGGGCUUAUGCAGCCGUACGACGACAUGUACCCAGCGUACACUUACAACAACUGGACGAAUAAAGCACUGGCCCCCGCUCCGCUGUCCACGAAAAACUUUCCAUUCUUCAACUCCAUGAGCCCGCUGACUUCCCAGUCCAUGUUCUCGGCGCCAAACUCCAUCUCUUCCAUGAGCAUGGCUUCCGGCAUGGGUCACUCCGCCGUGCCCGGCAUGCCUGCGUCCGGCCUGAACAACAUCAGCAAUCUUAACGGCAUAAGCAGCUCCUCGAUCAAUUCGGCCAUGUCUUCGUCCACCUGCCCUUACGGACCACCUGGUUCCUCUUACAGUGUGUAUCGGGACACUUGUAACUCCAGCCUGGCCACGCUGAGACUGAAAUCUAAGCAGCACCCUACUUUUGGAUACAGUGGCUUGCAAAGUCCCGGUUCGGGCCUAAACGCCUGUCAGUACAACAGUUGACGUUUUAGACAAAAUUAAACAUCACAAGCGGACCUGCGGAUGGCACAAACCGACAACUGGAUUGGUUGCAGUCGUUUUAAAUGGAUUAUGCGGGUUUUAUGUGAUUACUUAUAAACUUGCACAACAAAAAUAUCCAUGUUUUGGAUUUCAUAGUGAAGACAUUUGUUACAUUGUCACACUGUAAAUACGGAAAAAGGAACAAUUGUCGACCUUUAGCUUGCUUGCUUUGAAGACUUAAACUAUUUGAAUCUUGCUAUCAUUGUUGGACGGGGAAAAUUAAUAAACAAACUUAAAACUUUAACGGAUAUAACAUGGUAAAAGAAAUUAACUGUUGUAUGUAAAUUUUUAUACUUCCCCUUUGUGUCUCUGUGUGUGUUUUUUACGUGCAGAAAGCGCACAUUUUACGAAGCAGCCGGCGUCAUGUAUUUGUGGAACAACUUCCAGCGCUUGGUUUGACGUAUUUUUUUAUUUCUUUGCUUGUCUUAAUAGAAAAAAAAACGCAUGCUUCACUCCAGUGCAACGUGAUUUGUACAAACUGAUAUUAUUGUAAGAGGAGAAAUAAUCAAAUCGAUUAUUCUGUAUCCAAAAAGGUGAAUGGAAAUUAUCAACAUGUUUAUUGCAAUACAGAAUGUUUUAAUAAAGUUCAGGCGAAGGGCCGCUUUUCCAGACA